AUGAGUACUGCGUAUAUUGAGAAGAACAACGGGGUGGAAGUGCCCGCAGACGCCAUUCGCAUUAUAGAUCCGCAGGUGGUGAAAAAAUUGCCAGCUGAAACAGCAAUAAAAAGCAUUACCGCCCAUGGAGCUAGCUUGUGGACACGGACUGCGAAGAUAGAGACUGAGAAAGACGGCCAUGCCGUCACAUACUUCCUCAAGACCAUGUUUGGGGAGAGAGGAAGACGCAUUGCCUCGGGCGAGUUUACAGCCAUGUCCACCAUUUAUAAGCUGAACCCAGAUCUGGUACCUCGCCCACUGGCCUGGGGUAGCUACGACAAUAUUCCAAAUGUUCAUUUUCUGCUUUGUGAGUUCCGCAACAUGACCGAUGAGCUGCCAGCCAUCGACAAAUUCGUGUCUCAAGUAGCCAAACUACACCGAGAUGGCACUUCUCCCGACGGGCGGUAUGGCUUCUCUGAUGAAACUUAUCAUGGCAAUAUUGCCAUUGAACACGGGUGGUCAGACUCCUGGGAGGAGUAUUUCACCCGAACCACUCGCGCCUUGUUAGAUCUGGAGCAAGAAGUGCAGGGACCCAGUGAGGAACUGCUUGAGCUUUCAACAAGCUUCUUUGACAAAGUUAUCCCACGGCUACUUCGGCCUCUGGAGACCGGCGGUCGAUCCAUCAAGCCAUGUCUAAUCCAUGGCGACCUAUGGCAUGGUAACACAUCCACGGACAGAGAUACCAAUGUGCCCAUCAUUUUUGACGCAGCAAGUUUCUAUGCUCAUAACGAAUACGAGCUCGGCGUAUGGAGACAGCCUUGGAACAAGAUUGGCAAGGCGUACCGGGACAGAUACCACGAAUACUUUCCAACGUCUCAACCAGGGGAAGAUGUUGACGACCGCAACGCAUUGUACGCGACGCGGGUGAACAUCCUGGACUCAAUCCUGUACAGGGAUGAAGACACCUACCGUAAAAUGCUCAUUGAAUGGAUGAGGAAGUUAGUGGAGAAAUUUCCUGGCGGUUAUGAACAGUGGGAGCAUGCCCACGCCCAAAUACACUAG